GGAGGGGGCGGGCCGGACUGCUCUCGCUCUACCCGCGGCUCCGGAGCAGCGGGCGGCGGGACCCGCAACCGAGCUUGGCGACGAGGAUCGUGACGCGGGCCGCGAAGGAUCCCCCGGCGUCCCGCCUCCAGAGCAGCCCUCCCGCCGGCACCCGUUGGUCCCAGAAUCAGAGAGAACCGCGGUGCGGCGUGGAGCAGCGCAAAGCCGACCCCGGCCGCGGGGGGAGCCGGGUCUUUGGACCGGAGCGGAGACGCGGGCGGCGCUGGGCCAGCCCUGGGGGCCGCGGCCGUACCGCGGGGCCACGGGGGCGCAGAGCUGCGGAGCCUGCGGCCGGUGGGAAGAGGGUUUCUAAACACUGACCACUUCCUUUCACGAGCUGGAGAAGUGGAGGAAUUUCAAGUGGGCUGGGAAGAAGAGGAGUGAGCGGUCCAGCUCUGCAGAGGCCUCUUCCUGGGUGGCAGAAGGAAUGCACUGGCUGUUCCAGGCUGCUUACCUGGACCAAAUGCAGAAAGAUUCUACCAUCCAUCCAUAAUCUGACUGAAAGAGGCUAUUUUAAAGAUCAUCAUCUGGACAAAAGAAAUAAAUGGAUUCGUCUGCUAUUGUUCACGCAACUCACAAACUUUUGAGACUCAAUCAGGAGGAGAGAGUGGUCAUUACCAAUCUCUAGAUCAACACACAAAGGAGUGCAAGAUGGCCUUAGGAGGAGGGAGGAGAAUUAAAUGAAGAGAAAGAACUGGAAUAACUCCUUCCUGAAGAAACGGGAAGCAAGCUUGGCUGCAGACCCCCAGUUGUGUGACAACAGCAGCCCUGCCUGGGAGCAGGGUGGUGGCUGGGGCAAUGUUGGGAGCCCUGAAGAUGCCCCAUGGCCACUGAGGGGGCUGCUGGGUCAGGGAACCGAGUGGCGGGCAUGGUGUUCAGCCUGUGGGUGCUGGUCCUGGUGUCCUCAGCUCUGGCUCUGGAAGAAGUAUUGCUGGACACCACAGGAGAGACAUCUGAGAUUGGCUGGCUCACCUACCCACCAGGUGGGUGGGAUGAGGUGAGUGUUCUGGAUGAUCAGCGACGCCUGACUCGGACCUUUGAGGCAUGUCACGUAGCAGGGGCCCCUCCAGGCACUGGGCAGGACAACUGGCUGCAGACACACUUUGUGGAGCGACGAGGAGCCCAGAGGGCACACAUCCGACUCCACUUCUCUGUGCGGGCCUGCUCCAGCCUGGGAGUGGGCGGGGGCACCUGCCGGGAGACCUUCACCCUUUACUACCGCCAGGCCGAGGAGCCCGACAGCCCCGACAGCACUUCGGCCUGGCAUCUCAAACGCUGGACCAAGGUGGACACGAUUGCAGCAGAUGAGAGCUUCCCCGCCUCCUCGCCCUCCUCCUCGUGGGCUGUGGGCCCGCGUGGGGCAGGGCAGCGGGCGGGGCUGCAGCUGAAUGUCAAAGAGCGCAACUUCGGCCCCCUCACCCAGCGGGGCUUCUACGUGGCCUUCCAGGACACGGGGGCCUGCCUGGCCCUCGUGGCAGUCAAGCUCUUUUCCUACACCUGCCCCACCGCGCUCCGGGCCUUUGCCUCCUUUCCUGAGACGCAGGCCAGUGGGGCUGGAGGGGCCUCCCUGGUGGCAGCUGUAGGCACCUGUGUGGCUUAUGCAGAGCCAGAGGAGGAUGGAGUGGGAGGCCAGGCAGGGAGCAGCCCCCCAAGGCUCCACUGCAACGGGGAGGGCAAGUGGAUGGUAGCCGUGGGUGGCUGCCGCUGCCAACCUGGGCACCAGCCUGCACGUGGAGACAAGGCUUGCCAAGCCUGCGCGGUGGGAUUCUAUAAGGCCCUGGCAGGAAACGCCCCCUGCUCACCGUGCCCUGCCCGCAGCCACGCCCCCGGCCCUGCAGCCCCUGUCUGCCCCUGCCUCUCAGGCUACUACCGGGCCAGUUCGGACCCACCAGAGGCCCCCUGCACCGGCCCUCCCUCGGCUCCCCGAGAGCUUUGGUUUGAGGUGCAAGGCUCAGCGCUCAUGUUGCACUGGCGCCUACCCCAGGAGCUGGGGGGGCGAGGGGACCUGCUCUUCAAUGUCGUGUGCAAGGAGUGCGGAGGCCACCAGGAGCCCGGCGGGGCCACAUGUCGCCGCUGCAGGGAUGAGGUGCACUUUGACCCCCGCCAGAGGGGCCUGACUGAGAGCCGAGUGUUAGUUGGGGGGCUCCGGGCACAUGUACCCUACAUCUUGGAGGUGCAGGCUGUCAAUGGGGUGUCCGAGCUCAGCCCUGACCCUCCCCGGGCUGCAGCCAUCAACGUCAGCACCAGCCACGAAGUCCCCUCUGCAGUUCCUGUGGUACACCAGGUGAGCAGGGCAUCCAACAGCAUCACGGUGUCCUGGCCACAGCCUGACCAGACCAGCGGGAACAUCCUAGACUAUCAGCUCCGCUACUAUGACCAGGCAGAAGAUGAAUCCCACUCCUUCACCCUGACCAGCGAGACCAACACCGCCACCGUGACACAGCUGAGCCCCGGCCACAUCUAUGGCUUCCAGGUGCGGGCACGGAGUGCUGCCGGUCACGGCCCCUACGGGGGCAAGGUCUAUUUCCAGACACUGCCUCAAGGUGAGCUGUCUACUCAGCUUCCAGAGAGACUCUCCCUAGUGGUUGGCUCCGUGCUGGGGGCCUUGGCUUUCCUCCUGCUGGCAGCCAUCAUGGUGCUGGCUGUUGUCUUCCAGAGGAAACGGCGUGAAACAGGCUACACGGAGCAACUGCAGCAGUACAGCAGCCCAGGACUUGGGGUGAAGUAUUACAUUGACCCCUCCACCUAUGAGGACCCCUACCAGGCCAUCCGAGAGUUUGCCCGGGAGGUAGAUCCUGCCUAUAUCAAGAUCGAGGAGGUCAUUGGGGCAGGCUCCUUUGGAGAAGUGCGCCGGGGCCGGCUGCAGCCCCGUGGACGGCGGGAGCAGGCUGUGGCCAUCCAGGCCUUGUGGGCUGGAGGUGCUGAGAGCCUGCAGAUGACCUUCCUGGGUCGGGCCAUGCUGCUGGGCCAGUUCCAGCACCCCAACAUCCUGCGGCUGGAGGGCGUGGUCACCAAGAGCCGGCCCCUCAUGGUGCUGACAGAGCUCAUGGAGCUGGGUCCACUGGACAGCUUCCUCAGGCAGCGGGAAGGCCAAUUCAGCAGCCUGCAACUGGUGGCUAUGCAGCGGGGAGUGGCUGCCGCCAUGCAGCACCUGUCCAGCUUUGCCUUCGUACAUCGCGCUCUCUCUGCUCACAGCGUGCUGGUGAAUAGCCACCUGGUGUGCAAAGUGGCCCGGUUUGGCCACAGUCCCCAGGUGAGAGGCCCAAGUUGUAUGCUUCGCUGGGCAGCCCCAGAGGUCAUUGCACAUGGAAAACAUACAACAUCCAGUGAUGUCUGGAGCUUUGGGAUAGUGAUGUGGGAAGUGAUGAGCUAUGGAGAACGGCCCUACUGGGACAUGAGUGACCAGGAGGUGCUAAAUGCAAUAGAGCAGGAGUUUCGGCUGCCCCCACCUCCAGGCUGUCCUCCUGGACUACACCUGCUUAUGCUGGACACCUGGCAGAAAGAUCGUGCCCAGCGGCCUCACUUUGACCAGCUGGUGGCUGCAUUUGACAAGAUGAUCCGCAAGCCAGACUCUCUACAGGCUGGCACAGGCACCAGGGACAGACCUUCCCAGGCCCUUCUGAAUCCUGUGGCUCUGGACUUUCCUUCCCUGGACUCACCCCAGGUCUGGCUUUCGGCCAUUGGACUAGAGUGCUACCAGGACAACUUCUCCAAGUUUGGUGUCUGCACCUUCAGUGAUGUGGCUCAGCUUAGUCUAGAAGACCUGCCUGCUCUGGGCAUCACCCUGGCUGGCCACCAGAAGAAACUGCUGCACAAUAUCCAGCUCCUUCAACAGCAUCUGAGACCGCUGGGCUCAGUGGAGGUCUGAGGCCGAGGGCAGGAAGCUGCGAACUGAUGAGGCCCCUGACAUAGCCCUGGACACGGGUCCAAAACGACAUGGGAGACAUGAGCCAGUCUCCAUCUUGGCCGCCAUCAGAGGUGCCUGCCACACUCAACACAACCCUCUGGAUAUGUCACUCCCUGGUCCUCAGCCCCUCCACUGUCCUCCCCCAUAUUAAAGGGAAAGAAGGGAUUUUGCAAGCUGGAGGUGUGGUAAGACAGUCUGCAAGGAAGGGCUAGGGAGGCCUAGGAGGAGGAGCUGGGGAUUAGGGCUGGGCAGGCGACACUGCGAAGCAGGGAUGCACAAGGGGGCAGAGCAGGGAGCAGAAAAUGACUUUAUUGGAAGGUGGAAAAUGGCAAAACUUAACCUGGCUUCACACACCCCUACCCCAAAGUUGUAGCUGUUUCCCUCCCUUGCACACCUUUCCACAAGCCCAGUGCCUUCCCCCACAACUGUCUGAAGCACCAUGGGAAGAGCUCUUUCCCUUCCCAUUUAUGACACUGGGGUAGAGACUGGAUGCCUGAGAAGGCAAGCCUAUCCUUAAAGUGCUUUGCUCUGACAGUGCAGUGGUAAUUUUGCAAGGGGGUGAAGAACGGGCAGGAGGCCAGUGUCCUCAUACGUAACCCACCCCCAUGCUUGGGGCAAAGCUUGGACCACCUCGCUGGUUUCCAUUUGCCCCAGAGCCGAAGGAGUAAUAGAGACCCAGAGCACAGUUACUUCCAAUGUGCUUUCCUUGGAGCUCAUGCUAUUCCCCAUGCCCCCCUUGUACCUGGGAGAUUAGAGCUCUAGUUUUGUUUUGUUUUGUUUUGUUUUGUUAAUGACCCCAGGAAAAUGUGAGCAACUUCUGGGAACUGAAGCAAGAGCAUUCACUCAGAUCUGAUACUCCCAGCCCUCCCCAUGCUCCAGCCCCCGGUUGAUCACACCCCUCAGAUCUCUUCUAAGGGUCCCUUGCCGAAGUCUCUCCCAGUUGGUGCUGCUACGGGAGGUACUUCGAGAGACCGAGGGUACAGGAAGGAACAGGUGGGGGCGGUCCAACUCCGGUUUUUCCGCUGAGUUUUUGUCCAAGUCAUCAGGGCCCAGACUGUGGAAGGCCUUUGUAUAGCGCUGGAUUCGCUGCCAGUUGAGGUCCUGCCUGUCUUCCACCCUGUUGGGGGACAGGAGGACUUGAGAGACAGCCAGGAAUUGAAGAGCUGAUCCAAGAGCAGUGCUUGUCCCCUCUCCCCUACCCCCACCGUUACUGUCUGCAGCUGGUGCUGAUGGAGGCGAAUGCCUGCCCGCCAGCAGCCAGGCCUCAGGAAGCUGCAUGCUCUGGUCCAUCAAGCUCUGCAGAUGCAUUAAAGGGCUCAAGCAUCUGCUGGGGCCCUUCCCCUUGGGAGCAGCUUCAGUCAUUGGGCACGGGGCCUAGGGAGUGUGCCGGCCUCUCCAGGGCCCUUAGGAACAGGAGGAUAUCUGAGCAGAGGGACAACGUGUGGACAUGGUGGCUCAAAGGACCCCCAACCCCAAGCUAUCACUCACCGCAGAUACCAGCGGUCCCCCAGCCCGUACUCGCGCCCACAGAUCCCGGAGCGGGGCCACAGGCAGCGAGGCAGCUUCCGCUCCAGCAUCACGGUGGUGGCCACGACCUGCAUGUGGGGACAGAAAGCAAAGUGAGAAUGAAGCUGAGUACAGGCUGAGAAUUAAGACGUGGACUGAGAAGGUUAGGGGGAGAGCAUACAGCGCUAGACAGAAGAAAAACAGCUUAGCAAGAGCAAGGAAACUUGGGAGCUCAUGGUUCCUCAGAAGUGAUAAACGACACCGCCAAUUUGGGAAAAUUUGAUGCGCAGGGGGAUGGAGGGUGGCAACUUUGGUGACCCUCUUCUAUGGGAGAAAGGUGAUGUGGCUUGAUCCCCUCAGUUUUUCCCCAGUGACUUGACGUCCAUGGAAAUGCCAAGCUCGUUCUGCAGGAGUGUGAGAAACCUUGUUUCCAAGGAGAGCAGGAAGAGGAGCAGGCAAAUAGAAAGAGUCCUGAGGGCUUCAGGGUAUUUUGACCCUACAGACAUAUUGACAAUUUAUAAAUAAACAUUCCACUUAGAAAUCUA